CAUAUAAGGUAGCAGUUCUUAUAGAAUUGGCAGAUAAGCCUUUCCAGCCCUUGCAGUUUCAGGGUUCUGCCCUUCGAAUGGCUUUAGAGUACAGAACGAUGCUGCAGUUAGCUGGCAUUUUACUUUGUUUGUUGGGAUGGGUGUUAACCUGUCUCACUACCUACUUACCUCAGUGGAAAAACCUCAACCUAGAACUGAACGAACUGGAGAUCUGGACAAUGGGACUCUGGCAAGCGUGUGUGAUCCAAGAAGAAGGGGGAAUGCAGUGCAAGGAAUUUGAUUCUUUUCUGGCUUUGCCACCCGAGCUCAAAAUGUGUAGGAUUCUGAUGUUUGUAUCAAAUGGCUUAGGAUUGUUGGGCCUCCUGCUCUCAGGUUUUGGACUGGACUGCUUAAAGGUUGGUGAACAACAACUGAAUCUUAAGAGGAGGCUACUGCUGUUUGGAGGAGUCAUCUUCUGGAUAUCAGGAAUAACGGCCAUAAUCCCAGUUUCAUGGGUCGCUCACAUGAUUGUGCAGGAAUUUUGGGAUGAGAGCAUUCCAGACAUUGUUCCCAGGUGGGACUUGGGAGAAGCACUGUUUGUAGGCUGGUUUGCUGGAUUCUGCCUCAUCUUUGGCGGCUCACUGAUGAAUUGCAUGGUCUGCUCAACGGAUGUUCAUCCAUCCUCGCUUCAUUAUACCAUGGCAGAAGAGCAAGACACCUGUCAACGCUCAAAACGUGUCAACAGACCCAAAAGCCUGCGAGUUUGAGAAGACAGAAAGGCUUCUUUUUCUUUUCAGACUCUUACAAAAUGCCAGACAAAACUUUCCUCAAAUUAACAUUCAAGGGACACUUUGUUCCUCUGCCGAUUCAUUACU